GCCUCUUCCAGCCACCACCUCCUGGGAAAACAAGCUAUGAAGACCAAGAACCGACCUCCCCGACGCAGGACACCCACGCAGGACACAGAAGCCACCCCUGGAGAGCAGACUCCCGACAGACCCCAGUCAGGCUCAGGGGGGUCGGAGCUGACAAAGGGUUUUCGCAGUAGGACUGCUCGGGCAGGUGGAGCUCGAGCAGAGGUCAACCGCCGGCGACAGGGAUCUGGGGGCCGCAGGGAGAACAGUGUUCAGAGGCGGCUGGAGAGCAAUGAACGGGAAAGACAGAGGAUGCAUAAACUCAACAACGCCUUCCAAGCACUUCGUGAGGUCAUCCCGCAUGUACGGGCAGACAAGAAACUCUCCAAGAUUGAGACCCUCACACUGGCCAAGAACUAUAUCAAGUCGCUGACCGCCACCAUACUCACUAUGUCCAGCAGCCGCCUCCCAGGGCUGGAGGGGCCCGGUCCUGCACCAGGCCCUAAACUCUAUCAACACUACCAUCACCAGCAGCAGCAGCAGCAGCAGCAGGUGGCUGGGGCCACACUGGGUGUCACCGAGGACCAGCCCCAAGGCCACCUGCAACGGUACUCUACACAGAUCCACAGCUUCAGAGAGGGGAGCUAGCACCCACUCUGGGCUCUGGGGUGGGUUGACAGUGCUGACCUGGCCUGUUCAUCUUAACUCUGGUCCCUCCAUGCCACAAACACUAUUGAGGUUGUUUAGGGGAUUAUGUUGUUGAUCAGAGACUCUUGUGUGGCCCAGGCUGGCCUGGAACUCCUCAUCCUCCUGCCUCCACUUUUCCUAUGGCUGGGAUUACAGGCACACAUCACCACAU